UAAAAUAUUAAUUCGAUAAAAGUAAAAAAAUAAUAAGAAAAGGAAAGUAAAUGAUUUAUUGGAGCAGCCAGCAACAGCAACCGUGAAGAGAGUCAGCAAUAAUCUACGAACAGAAAAAGAAACUAACAAACAAGGAAGCAAAAGAAAGGAAAAGAAAAGAAGCUGCCAGAAAAAAGAAAAGCAAAUCAAAAGAAGAAGCUAACACCACUCGUCCAUCUUCCAUAGAAAGUGAAAUUAUUUGGUGUUUUGUGAAUCAAUCUUUCAUCAAAGUUUUGUUCUUUAGUUAUCCUCCUCCUCCUCCACAUGGGUCGCCUUAUUUUCUUUCUCAUCAUUCUAACCUUCUUUACAUUAUCUUUCCUCUCAGAGGUACAGUCAACAUCGUUCAAGAUUGUAAACAAGUGCCGUCACACAAUAUGGCCAGGAUUACUCUCAGGCGCCACCUCGCCGCCGCUACCCACUACCGGAUUCACCCUCAAGAGCGGAGAGUCAAGGACUGUCAACAUCCCGAAAUCUUGGUCGGGUCGGUUAUGGGCACGGACUCUCUGCGGCCGUGGCUCCGACGGGAAAUUCUCGUGUGUCACCGCUGACUGUGGCUCUGGUAAAGUAGAGUGCGCUGGCGGUGGGGCUAAGCCGCCGGCAUCUUUGGCGGAGUUCACCUUGAACGGAGCCGACGGGUUGGAUUUCUACGACGUAAGUUUGGUCGACGGUUAUAAUCUUCCGAUGCUGGUUGUGGCUAAAGGCGGGACUAAGGGAGGAUGCAGCCCCACCGGAUGUCUUGUUGAUCUUAACGGAGGUUGCCCGGCGGAUCUUAAGGUGGCGCGUGGUGAUGGAAGUGGCGAUAACGUUGCGUGUAGAAGCGCGUGUGAAGCUUUUGCGGAUCCUCGUUAUUGUUGUAGUGAGGCGUACUCUACGCCUGACACGUGUGCUCCUUCUGUAUACUCGCAGUUUUUUAAGCAUGCAUGCCCACGCUCAUAUAGCUACGCGUAUGAUGAUAAGACUAGCACAUUCACGUGUGCCUCCGCUAACUAUAUGAUCAUAUUUUGCCCCUUACCUUAUACUAGCCAAAAAGUGUUGGGAGCACGGCAAGACGGGGCGCAGCUUCCUCUUGUAAACAAAACUAUGAUGUACUUAAAAACACGACAUUCUAGUGGCUCUUCAUCAACAGGUCUAAUCCGAACGCAGAUUAUAGCUUAUGUUGCAUCUAUCACUCUGGCAUUUUUCCUGUCCUGCUCAUAAUUAACACUGUUUAUGGCUCACUUUGUAUGGACACUUCAGGCUGGAAGUAUCACAGAGACUAGCCGGUUCUUAAUGUAAGCUUUUCACGUUGUGUUCGUCCUUGCUAUUUGACAAUGUGUUCAAUGUAUGGCUACUUGCUGAUUCUACUCAUUGUGCAGGACUUGAAGGAUAUCAUCAUAUAGGACACACACUGUAAAUUUUGUUUGUAUGUUAUAUCGUUUUAGUAUGCUUCAACUAUCACUAGUUGAACUCUGGUGAUCCUUCUGUUCUGCUUUUAAAUUUUAACAAUGGAGGGAUUAUAAUUUUGUAACUGUUUUUUGUAGUCUAGAUUUUGCUAGUUAUGAUGAGAACCUCAAUAUUUGGUACAUAAUGAUGGUUGCAACAGUGCAUACGUGAGUUAUAUGGAGUGAUGCUUGGCGCCCAGUUUUUGGAUUAAACAUGCUCAAAAUUCAAAUGUGUAUUUGGCCCUGUAAAUUUAUAGGAAAAACCUUUGAACAUGUAACUUACAUUAAUUUUGUAGUAUUUUUAUUUGUUUU